AUGCCGAAUGACGAACUUCUGGACCUGACCAUCAGCGAACUGGCCCCCAGGAUAGCUUCGCGGGAGGUUUCUCCCGUGGAGGUCACCGAGGCCGCCCUGGCCCGCGCCGACCGCCUCCAGCCUAAGCUCAACUCCUUCAUUACCCUGCUGCACGAACGGGCGAUGGAACGCGCCCGGGAACUGGAGUCGGAAGUGGCAGAAGGCAAGAAUCCCAUCGGCAUCAAGGACAACCUCGCCACGCGGGGCAUCCGCACCACCGUCGGUUCCCUGGUGCUGUCCGACAACGUCCCCGAAGAGGACGCCCGGGUGGUCACCCUCUGCGAAGAGGCCGGGGCCAUAAUCCUGGGGAAGGAAAACCUGGAGGAAUUCGCAGCCGGCGCCACUUCCAACAACCCCCAUUACGGCGCCGUCCACAACCCCUGGGGUCUCGACCACAUCCCUGGCGGGUCCAGCGGCGGCGGCGGAGCCAACGUUGCCUCCGGCGUAACCUUCGCCUCCCUGGGCACCGACCUGGGCGGCUCGGUGCGGUUGCCGGGCACUUUCUGCGGUGUGGUGGGCCUAAAGCAGACCUUCGGACGAGUGAGCCAGCGCGGCCUGCUGGUAACCAGCUUCAACGGCGACCAUAUCGGCCCCAUGACCCGUUCCGUCGCCGACAGCGCCCUUGUACUCCAGGCCAUCGCCGGCUACGACCCCCUUGACCCCAGCACCGUGCCGGUACCGGUGCCCGAUUAUCUGGAACAGGUGGGCCAAGACCUGGCCGGCCUGACCGCGGGCAUCCCAUCCAACUAUUUCUUCGACGAGGUCGAUUCCGAGGUGGAGGCCGCCGUUCGCAAUGCCAUUGCCGCCCUGCAGGAGUUGGGAGUACAGGUUCGGGAAGUCAGCCUGCCCAGCAUGGAGUACGUGGGGGCCCUGAGAGCAGCCAGCCUGGCGGACGGUAUCGUCACCCAUGAACCUUACCUGACCAGCGACCGUGACAAGUACGGGCCCAACGUCAUCUACCGCACCCUGGCCGGCCAGUUCGUCCUGGGUCGGGACUACUCCAGGGCCCUGAAGGUGCAGCGGCUCAUCAAGGAGGAAUACGCCCGCGUCUUGCAGGAGGUGGACUUCCUGGUCACACCCACCGCGCCCAUUCCCGCCCCGCGCAUCGAUGCGGUGGACCUCGAGCUGAACGGCGAAACCCACCGGGUCCGGGGGCCCGGCUCAGGGUUCAUUUCCCGCAACACCAGCCCCAUGAACGGGAACGGCCUUCCGGCCAUUACCGUCCCCUGCGGGUUCAGCGGGGAGGGACUGCCCAUCGGCGUCCAGUUCAUCGGCAGUCCCUUCGACGAAAGGUUGCUGUUCCGGGUGGCAGCGGGCUAUGAACAGGUCUCGCCGAGCAAGGGCGUCCGGCCCCAGGUGUGA